AUGUUGUCAGUCUGCGGUCGGGCUGGUUGUCGAUUUCCAAUUGAGGUUGACCGGAUAAUAUGUCGCGCGUGCUCACUUCCUUUUCAUCGUGAGUGUUCCAACCUCUCACCAGAAGACUAUGAUAACAAGUUGAAUUCUGAAAAUUGGUUGUGCUUAAGGUGCAUUUCCAUAGAUACCGCUAAAUCCAACAACAAUUCCCCAACAGAAUCUUCCCCAACUUCUGCCAAGAUCUCCCGUCUCGAUUCACCGCAAGUCAUAUCUUACGUUACCAGCAACCCUAAUAAGUUGAGGGAAACUUCAGAAAUACUCGGUGAACAGUAUUCAAAUAUGCUAAAACAAGUGAAUAUAGAUCUGCCAGAAUACCAAGGCACAAUCGAAGAGAUCGCCCAGCUUAAGUGUCGUUACGCAGCAGAGAAGGUUGACGGACCCGUGCUAGUUGAAGAUACCAGUCUUGGAUUUGAUGCUUUGAAGGGAAUGCCUGGCCCCUACAUCAAAUGGUUCCUUAAAGCUGUGGGGCCUGAGGGUCUUUACAAAAUGCAGGUUGGAUUUGGACCUGAGAACAACGGUGCUGAGGCUAUUUGCACGUUCGCCUAUUCAUCGGGCAAAGACAGACCAGUUCGCCUGUUCCAGGGUGUCACGCGAGGUCGGAUAGUCGAGCCACGGGGCGUCUCCAGGUUCGGCUGGGACCCCUGUUUCCAGCCCGAUGAGGGCCACGGUCAGACCUACGCAGAGAUGGACAAAGAACUAAAGAAUGCCAUUUCUCAUCGAUUCAAAGCUGCCAACAAACUGCGAGAGUUCUUGAAGUCCAGACUUACCUCAGGCAGUACCAGUUAG